GUCGCAGCUUCGCUUCAGACCUUGAGUCGUCAGUGGAUAUCGGCACCGAGUCCCAUCACAUCCUCCGUCCUUUUCGAGUCCGCCAUGGGCGGCGCUGGGGGGAAGAUCUACCGGAGCGUCAGUCGGGUCGACCUGACUGCUUCUGCGAUCGAGGAAGAGCAGCCAGUCCGCAGCUGGUAUUUGCAGCGUGCGAAGCUGGAUGGCAGCCUCAUUGGCCAGGUUCCGGAGAUGCGGCGCCUCUACCGGGAACAACUGAAGACGGUCCAGCUGCCCCUGCCCCGCGCGGAGACCUCGGGUUCCAACGAACAGAUGAUCAGGAUCCUUCAAUGGAACCUGAACUGCCUUUGUGGCAUUGAUGGGCAGCACCCUCAGAGUGCCUCCGAGAUCUUGAAGUUGGUGGAACAGAGCACUGCUGAUAUUCUUCUCUUCCAAGAGGCCCCUGCCGGCCCAGCACAGACCUGGUGGUAUGAGCCUUGGCGAAGCAGCUUUCCCUUCCGCGAGAUGCGACGCUUAGAGGAUCAGCUGAGAAAGAUGGGGUACACCACACAGCUUCGCAGCGAAUGCUUCAGCCAGACCUUGCUGUGCUCCAUAUUCCGGGUUAGGGAGAUGCAGCACCUCUCACUGGACAUCGAGCACUCCUUUCGUUACCAGAUGGACGAGGAGCGAAACGCCCUCCACGCUGUGCUGCACUUCGGUGCCAAGGAGGACCAGAGCGACGACCACAUCAUCAGCGUGUACGCUACCCAUUUUCACCAUGAGAACUUCACGCUGGAUGCCCAGGGGGUCCGCCGCAGCGAAGCUUCGGUGUUGCUGAAGCACGCGGAACAUGCCAAGGGACCCGUGCUUGUGGCUUCUGACUUCAAUCAGGCUCGACGUCAAGACUACGAUGAAGAAGAGUGGAAGGUCGUAGCUGCUGGUUUGGCCUCCGUGAAGCAGCCGGAGGACGACGGGGUACACCAGCUUUUCACCGAGCACAACUUCCGCUGUGCCUACGACGUGGCGCGCCAGCGCAACUGGCCCAUCAGCAAGGCACCGCCUUUUACCCACUGGACCGGCACCACCGUAGAUUAUCCCUACGUACGCUCCAGCGCCAAGCGGACUGUGGAUGUGGAUGGGGUCUACUUGCUGAGCAGUAGUGUCUCGGAUCACCUGCCCAUCGUCACGGACAUCACACUCGCCCCACGAAAAACCACUCUGAACAGCUGACGUCGCUUCGUUCGCUUCCUUCCCAACGGACGAGACCACGACGGUACCAACCGAGGUGGACCUGGACGCCAAAGUGAUGAGUUCUGCGCCAGCGACCAUGAAGGCUUCGUUUGCUGUGGGCGAA